CGUACCCAGCAACAUUGCAGUCGUGUGCUAACUUUAAUUGUUUCUAUAACCCAGUUCACCUUGCAAAUACAAAAUGUAACUAUGUUUGGGUCUCUUAAACAUCUACUGGUGUCUACAGCCAAGGGACACUUUUUUGGGGCCAGGCCACCAUUCUGUUAUGUCAUACAUGGCGUUGGUGAAACUUUACCUGCAAUGACUGAGGUCCUCUUCAAGUCUGCCCACGACAUUCCCCGUUGACAGCAACAUCGUUUCUCGUCAAUAUUCCGUCCUUUGUCUCUAACGCUCUGUUUUCAACGCUGAAACGCACCAUGUCGACUGCAGCAUCCGCAGAGACACUGCUUGGCAAGCAUCUCCGACCCCUGUCAUUCGACGCUUCAUCGAUUGACCCGCUUUUGGAAUCCAUUGGUAUGGUCAUUGAACAUUACAUUGGCAUCUACUGACAAGAGGUGCAGGCGACGCUCAGAUAGUGUUAAUCGGAGAUGGCUCGCAUGGAACAUACGAUUUCUAUGCUCACCGUGCCAAUAUUACUCGUCGUCUCAUUGAAGAGAAGGGCUUCACUGCAAUUGCGGUGGAAGCUGACUUCCCGGACGCGUUCCGAAUCAAUAGGUACAUUCAUGGUGGACACUUGAGAGAUGGUACCAUCAAGAAUGCACGCGACGCGUUGAAAGACUUCGUUUCCCAAAUGGAUGUGGAAAAAUGAAGUGAUGCCUCCUUUCAUAGAGUAUUUGAGGGAGUUCAAUGACAACGUUGUAAAGGAAACUGGGAACCGAUCAAAAAAAGUUUCUUUUUAUGGCAUGGAUCUCUAUUCCUUGCAUCGAUCUGCAGAGGAAGUCUUAAACUACCUCGAGAGGGUUGACCCAAAAGCAGCGGAGAUAGCGCGCAAGCGGUACAAUUGCUUCGAGCGUUAUGGCGAGGACACCAUGCAAUACGCAUAUAUGUGUCAAUUCGGGAUGGCCAAGAGUUGUGAGAAGGAGGUGAUCCUCAACUUGAGAACGUUGCUGAAGAACCACCAAAAGUACAUUGAAAGUCAACUUCCGGACGGAGAGAAUCGAUGGUGCCAUCCACGUGAGGAGCAAUUUAUGGCGGAGAUGAAUGCCCUUGUUGUUCGGGAUGCUGAGGAGUAUUAUCGUACUAUGCUCACGGAAGACGUAAAGAGUUGGAACUUGAGGGAUGAUCACUUCUCGAGGACACUGGUUGAGAUUUCCCGGCACUUAGGUGAGACCUCUACGGAUGGUUCAACGCGAAAGGACGCCAAGAUCGUGGUAUGGGCACAUAAUUCUCAUAUUGGAGAUGCCAGAGCCACCGAUAUGGGCCGACGGAGAGGUGAAAUCAACGUUGGCCAACGUUGUAGGGAGCUGUUUGGCGACGAUAACGUCUUCAACCUGGGAUUCCUCACGGAUAGGGGGACGGUUACCGCCGCGUACGAGUGGGACGACCCACCUCAGAAUUUCACUAUGAACAAGCCCAUUCCGAACUCCAUUGAGCGCGUCCUCGAUGAGGCCGCUCAGGGCGACUCGUUUGUCAUCACACACAAGGUUGGGCGUACCUGUGAUGGUGAGAACGUAAAGGUCGAGAUAUCAGGCCCCUUGUCUGACUUCCUAAACCAGCCGAGAUUCCAAAGGUUCAUUGGCGUCAUAUAUCGCAGUUUGACUGAGGUUCCAUCGCAUUAUUCACGAUGCAGAGCCUCCGACCAGUACGACGCCAUUGCGCAAGUCAAACAAUCUCGAGGUAUUCAGCCUUUGGAACCCGAAGAUACUUGGAAGGGUUUGACAAGAGGCGAGCUGGACGAGACGUUCCCAUUCGGCCUUUAAGGAAUUCAUCUAGCCACAUGUCGUGGAUUCGUGCUUAGGUCGAUGUACUGUAUAGUAGUGUACAAUCGCGAGGAUUCAAUGAAAGUGUAAACCCUGUAAGGAAAAUGCAGUGGUGUAUCCUUGAGUUU